GUCCUCUUGAUACAUAAUUGAGGAAAUUUUCAAAUUCCCAAAAAGUAUCUUAAAACCCUCUUUAAAUCUACUAAUAAACCCAUGAUCGAAUUUCCAUUAUUACAUCUCAAGAAUUCCAAAAAUUUAGUUAUGGAUUCACAUUCCCAAUCUCCCCAACACAUUGUUAUCUUCCCAUACAUGUCAAAAGGUCACACCAUUCCUCUUCUUCACCUCCUCUCCCAUCUCCGCCGCCGUUUCCCCCUCCUCUCCCUCACUCUCUUCACCACCACCGCCUGCCGUCCCUUCGUUUCCCAAUUCCUCUCCGACUCCGCCACCCAUUCCGUCUCCGUUAUCGAUCUCUAUUUUCCCCAAAACGCCCUUGACGGCCUUCCCACUUGCGUCAACCCCGAUACCCUCCCCACUGAACUUUGGGCCGCCACAGAGCUUAUGCAGCCGGAAUUCGAAAAACGCCUUCACUCCCUCCCCGUUCCAGCGACCUUCUUAAUCUCCGAUAUGUUCUUGUCGUGGACCAACGAAUCCGCUUCAAAAUUUGGGAUCCCUCGAAUCAUUUUCAACGGCAUGUCCAGUUACACACGUGCCCUCACAUCCGCCGUCGUGAAAAGCAGAGUGUUCGCCGGAGGUCAGUCGGAGGAUGAGCUGGUCACCGUCCCUGAUUUCCCUUGGGUGAAAAUCACCCGCCGCGAAUUGAAUUCGGUUUUUUGGCCGGAAGCCGACCCGUCGAGCCAUCAAUUUCAAUUCAUUAUGAAGUUGUUAUUACCACCAAUCAAAAGCUAUGGAUUGAUCGUGAAUAGCUUUGACGAGCUGGAGCCCACGUUCGCCGAUUACAUAAGAAACAGUGAAAAGAUUUGGAAUAUCGGACCACUUUGUCUCCACCAGUAUAGCUUUGAUGUCACGACAAAUUGUCAACCGACUCAAAAGCUUCAAAUGCGACAGGUAACGACUGACAGGCCAAAAUGGCUUGAAUGGUUAGAGGAAAAGCACAAGCAAGGGGAAGGGAUAUUGUACAUUGCGUUCGGGUCAGAGGCGGAGAUUUCAAGUGAACAAACGAAGGAGAUAGAGAUUGGGUUGGAGGAGUCAGGAGUAAAUUUUCUAUGGGCAAAAAAAGAAGAAAUGGAAGAUAAAGGGUUUGAAGAGAGAGUAAAAGAGAGAGGGAUUAUAGUAAGGGAAUGGGUGAAUCAAUGGGAAAUAUUAAAACAUGGAGCUGUUAAAGGGUUUUUUAGUCACUGUGGUUGGAACUCAGUGACGGAGAGUUUGAGCUGUGGAGUGCCAAUGCUUACUUAUCCAUUAAUGGCAGAGCAGGGUUUAAAUGCAAGGAUGGUGGUGGACGAGUUGAGGGCGGGAAUGAGUGCGGUGGGGGAGACUACGUUGUCGAUGAAGGGGUUAGUGAAAGGGGAGGAUUUGAAGAGAUGUGUAAGAGAGUUAAUGGAAGGAGAAAAAGGGAAAAAGGUGAGGGAGAAAGCUAUGGAGAUUUCAGAAAUGGCGAAGAAAACCAUGACAGAAAAUGGAUCAUCGUGGAGGAAUUUGGAACUGUUGAUGCAGGAAAUGUGCAACAAAUCGUCGUUAAUAAUGCAGACGGAUUUGCUGCCAUUGAAUGGACGUGGAGUAAAUUAUGCACAAUAAAGGUUACCCAUCGACCUUUUGUGUUACUAUGUUUGUCGUUGUACUUAAUUCGAAAAUUUAUUUAAGCAAUGCAACAUUAGUCCUUGACAAGUUCACGGAUGUUGAAUCACAAGGUGUCACGUGAAUGCAUCCAUUUUUAUAUAAAAUAAAAAUUAUAGUAUUGCUAUAUA